AUGACUCAAGAUAAUAAUUCAAGUUCCAAUCGUAAUCCUAUCGAUCUAAACUCUUUAUCUAAUUAUUUACAAUCUAAUCUCACUGAAAUCAAUCUACCUAUUUCAAUUCAUCAAUUCGAUUAUGGUCAAAGUAAUCCAACUUAUUAUAUUAUAGAUCAAUCUAAGAAAAAGUAUGUUUUGCGAAAAAAACCACCCGGUGAAUUAUUAUCACAAACAGCUCAUGCGAUCGAACGAGAAUACAAGAUAUUAUCAGUUUUACCACAACCAUUUCCAUCACCUAAAGUAUAUUCAUUAUGUUUAGAUUCAUCAAUCAUUGGAACACCAUUUUAUUUAAUGGAAUUUAUUGAAGGACGAAUCUUUCAUCAAGUUGAUUUACCCGGUAUUCAAAACCCAAUCGAACGAAAAAAAAUCUUUCUUUCAGGUAUUGAAACUUUGGCUAAAUUACAUUCGAUUGAUUUUUAUCAGAUUGGAUUGGAAAAGUUUGGAUCAAUGGAAAAUUUUUAUCCUAGACAAAUUAAAUCUUUGAGUAAGAUUAGUCAACUUCAGUCUAAGGUUAUCAAUCAAAAAACUGGUCAAUAUGUGGGUGAGAUUGAUCGGAUUGAGCUUUUGUUGGAUUGGUAUCAAGUUAAAAAACCUAAACAUCAGAUUACUAUUGUACAUGGUGAUUUUAAAUUAGAUAAUUUAGUUUUUCAUCCCACUGAACCUAGAGUAAUAUCUAUUUUAGAUUGGGAACUUUCAACUCUUGGACAUCCUUAUUCAGAUUUAGCUAAUUUUAUUCAACCUUGGUAUAUGCCUGCUUCAUAUGGUCAAUCUCAUAUUGCUAUUGGAUUUCGUGAUUUACCAUUUGAAGAAUUACCGAUUCCAUUAACUGCAGAAGAUUUGGUUAAAGAGUAUUGUAAAUCGAUGAAAGUUGAAUAUCCAUUACCGAAUUGGGAUGCAGCAGUUUCAUUUUCAUUCUUUAGACUUGCAGUGAUCUUACAAGGAAUUGCAGCUAGAUCGGCAAAAGGUCAAGCUAGUUCUGCUCAAGCUGAAAAUCAUGCAAAUAUGUUUCAAACCAUUGCUACUUGGGCUGUUCAAACGAUUGAAAGAUCUGAAUUGAAGAAUAGUAAACUUUAA